AUGCAAGCCUCUCGUCCAACAACCGUGUCGCUCUCCAGCUUUGCCUACACGACUGACCAUCUGCAGCGCUUUGGAACGACGAGUGAUCCAACUCGACUGCAGAGUAGCCGACCUCAAACAGGUCGACCCCUCACAGGGCGUCCGCAAACAGGGCGUCCUCAAACAGGUCGCCCUCAGACGGCUGUUUCCAUUAGGCACGAAGGAAGCUACGUGAUCGCUCUGAUCGAAGGGCGAGGGGUAGCUAGGGAAGUAGGUUUGGCAGCCCUAGAUAAGGAUACCGGAAAGGUCGUACUGGUUCAGCUCGCUGACUGUCAGACCUACGUCAAGACGCUACAUCAAAUGCAUUUGCAUACCCCUUCCACCAUCUUACUGCCUGACACGUUUAUCUCAGGCGCGGGGCCUCAUGGGCAACCUGCGCCAGGUGCGUCGUUACUCGUCGAGUACAUACGUGAGGAGUUCCCCUACGUACAACUGGAGCCUAUUGGAAGGAAAUUUUGGAACGAAGCUGGAGGCCUCGAAUUCAUAGGUCAACUGUGUGUCGACGAUGACGAGCGAACUGCGACCAUGCUCGCUGUCUCGACCAAGUAUUAUGCUUUAUCGGCCACUUGUGCGCUAUUCAAGUACGCCGAGAUCAAGAUGAAUGCUCGCUUCGCUUCGCGCUCCUUACGGAUCCGUUACGUCCCCAUCGAGGGCACGCUGAUGAUCGAUCCAGAUACUGUUCGGAACCUGGAGCUGGUAGCAAGUUUGACGCAUAAGAAAUCAACUCAUUCGCUCUUUGGGGUGCUCAACCAUACUUAUACUGCAAUGGCGGCCCGCCUCUUGCGAGCCAAUAUCCUAUCACCCGUCACUGUGCAAGAUGCAAUCAACGCCCGACUGGAUUUCGUUGAAGAGUUAAUAUGUUGCGAGGACAAGUUCACCGAUAUCCGCGAUGCUUUGAAGGCGUUCAAGAAGAUGGAUUUCGACAAAUUAGUGGCUUCGCUUGCCGUGUCUGAAGCUCGCCCUGUCAGUACGGGAAAGUCAGCCGCGGCGCGUAUCUCGCACAUGCUUGACUUGCGCACCGCAAUCCAGAGUAUACCUGUCUUGGCGCAAGCGCUUUCGGGCGGACACUGUCAUCUCAUGCAGAUCAUGCAUCACAUGCUCACUGAUGACCGGCUAGCUCACAUCGAGGGCUUGACUGGUAUUGCUGCAGUUAAUGCAAGAGUCUAUGCCUUGAAAGCAAACAAGAAUCAUCUUUUAGAUGUUGCACGGGAGACCUACAAGGAGAAUGUUGGAGAUAUAUAUCAGCUAAAUCGGUCACUGUCAGAGGUGCACUCAUUAUCAUUGUCACUUGUCUAUCAGGAGACAGGGUUUGUUUUUGCACUCAAAAAGGAUGACUUGAUGGGUGAACUUCCAAGUGGCUUUAUCAAUGCAUCAAUAAAGAGAGGAAGCUGGUAUUUUUCAAGCAUGGAGUUGAAAAAAAUGAAUGCUAGAAUGAAAGAUGCUUUAGAUGAAACAUUGUUAUUAAGUGAUAGAAUCAUACAAGAGUUAUUGGAUGGUAUUUUGGAGGAUGUUGGGGUUCUUUAUAAAGCAUCUGAAGCAAUUGCUCUAAUUGAUAUGCUGUGGUCAUUCACACAUUUCUCAAUCAUUCACAACUGUGUGCGGCCUGAGUUUACUGGUACUCUAGCUGUGAAAUCAGGUCGCCAUCCUAUUUUGCAAUUGGUACAGCCAGCUGGAAGCCUUGUUGCAAAUGAUAUUUAUUGUGAUGAUUCUUCUCACUUUCAAAUUAUUCAGGGGCUUAACAUGUCAGGAAAAAGCACCUACUUGCAGCAAGUUGGGUUAUUGGUGAUUGUGGCACUAAAUGGAUGCUUCAUUCCUGCUGAGUAUGGUAGCUUUCGUGUUCAUGAUUGUUUGUUAAGCAGGCUGUCCAAUAAUGAUGACAUGGAAAAAAGUCUUAGCACUUUUGGAAGUGAGAUGGCAACUUCAACUAUGAUUCUUGGCAUGUCAACAUCUCAGUCCCUUGUUCUGGUGGAUGAACUAGGAAGAGGAACAUCACCACAGGAAGGUGUUGGCAUUGCUCAUGCUAUUGCAGAAGGACUAAUCAAGCAAAAAUGCCUUACAUUUUUCACCACACAUUUCAGUGAGCUUGCACAAACACUUUCAAAAGCACCUGGUGUGGUCAAUUUGCAUCUUUCUGUGCAGAAGCAGCCAUCAUCAAGUUUUGGACUCAACUUCAUGUAUAGAAUAACAGAUGGACCAUUGGAAAAGCAUGAGCACUAUGGAUUGCAAUUAGCCAUGCUAGCUGAUUUCCCAAAAGAUUUGAUCGACAAAGGAUCUCAAGUUGCUCAAAACCUUGAUGAGUUAUACUCUCAGAGCUCAGAUCAUAGCAGCAGUAGCAAGAUUAUAGCUCAAAGACAAGCAUUACUGAGACUGCAAAUUCAGCUGAAGCAAGCAUUUCAGCAUUCUUCACUUCCUCAAGAAGAGCUGGUAGAGUAUUUGAGAAGGUUUCAGGUACAUUUAGCAAAGCUCUUUGUAAUGUAA